GAAAAUAUCGAGGGAGCUGUGUGUGGACAGCAAAGGGGAGCUGAAAUUCGUCAUUUCUCAAGGAGAAGAUGAAUGAGAGAGGAGGAGAUGCUAAUGGAAGAGGAGCUGUACCUGAGAAGACAAGCCAAGAGGGCAGAGGAGCAAGGGGAGGAAGAGGCAGAGGUCGUGGAGGCCGUGGUGGCCGUGUAGGUGAAGCGGCAAGCAUGAAAGGUGGAGACUACGACAAGGACUCGAGUGAAGAUCGAUACCCGGGCCAAUUCUUCUUUGUCUCCACGCAAGCGGCAGCUGCAGCAGGAGGUGUGGAUGGCUUUAAGGAGCCAGCUACUGUGGGAAAGGUCACCCUUCACUCUCUGGACUUUUGGGUGAUCGAUAGCGGCGCCACCUAUAGCAUGACACCUCGAAGCCGAAGGUGGAUAUGCUUCGGAUGUUCGGGGUGGCUUCUUUGGGACCCAUUUACCAGGAAGUUCUUGGUGAGCAGAGAUUGCAAGUUCAUGGAGAACUUGGCGUACAAGGAGUGGAAGGCGGAGAAUCAAGCGAAGAUUGGCGAUGAUGCGGAAGAUGAAAGCGAGGAGUGCGCCUUUGCCUUCUUCUCUCCGGUGGAGAUGCCGGGGGAGCCUACAAAUCCCAAUGAGGCUUGGGAGGGCCCCAAUGGGAAGGAGUGGAAGAAGGCCUCAGAUGAAGAAAUGGGGAGCAUCAUAGAGAAUGACACAUUUGACUUGGUGAACCUACCUCCGGGGCGGAAGGCGAUCUCUUCGAAGUGGCUCUUCAAGCGCAAGACCGACGCCGACGGCAACAUCGAGCGCUACAAGAGCAGACUUGUAGCCAAGUGGUAUCAGCAGCAAGAGAAGAAGGAGUACAAUGAAGUGUAUGCCCCUGUGGUGAAGGGUACAACCAGUCGAACCCUCUUCGCCGCGGCGGCCAUCAAAGGAUGGGUGGUGAAGCAAAUGGAUAUAGUAACGGCCUUCCUCAACGGCGUUUUGGAGGAAGAGACUUACAUGGAGCAGCCAGAGGGGUACAAUGAUGGGAGUGGCAGAGAGGUGAUGCUGAAGUUUCAAGACAAGUUCAAGUGCAAGACCCUAGGUGACGUCAACUACUUCCUUGGGCUUCACAUUGAGCGAGAUGUGGAGAAGCGGUGGAUGCGAGUGCAUCAAAAGAAGUACUUGGAGGCAUUGGCUGCAAACUUUGGGAAGAGUGAAGGUCAUGUGGCUACUCCUCUUCCCUCAGGGUUCAAGUGUGUGAAAGGACCAGCGGAGGAAAGUGUUGGUGAAGAGGAGAGGCGCCGUUUUCAUUCCUUGGUGGGCAGCCUCAUGUAUGCCGCCGUUCACACAAGGCCGGAUGCAGCCUUUGCUACCGGGCAGCUGGCUAGGGUUGUCCAAUGCCCUACUGAAGAGCAGGUAGCAGCUGGAGAGAGGGUGGCCAAGUACCUUGGCCAAACAGCAACUGUUGGACUGCAAUACUCCGCGGCGGCACAAAGGCGUCAAAAGGGUGCGGAUGGAGUCGAACCCGGGAGGCUCUUUCUCACCGCCUUCUCUGAUGCAUCUUGGGCAUCAAAACCAGAGGAUAUGACAAGUGUGAGAGGCUUCAUCUGCUCUGUUGGUGGAGGCCCAACAGCUUGGGAGAGCAAGAAACAAGUGGACCAAGCAUUGAGCUCGGUGGAGUCCGAGUACAUGGCACUCUUCCGUGCCAUAAGAGAGGUUGUGUGGCCGCGGCGUUUGCUAGCUGAAUUGGGGGAGGAGCAGCAAGGACCUACCCCACUCUACUGUGAUAGCCAGGGUGCUAUUGCAUUGGCAAAUAACCCCGUUCUUCAUGGCCUUACCAAGCACAUGAAGGUGAAAUGGCAUUGGGUGAGGAGCAUGGUAACCGCGGGUGAAGUGGAGUUGCACUACGUGAAGACGACGGCGCAGCCUGCUGAUAUGAUGACUAAGUGGCUGGUUGAGCAGCAGCAUUGGAAGUGUUGCAAGCUUGCUGGGAUGGCUCUGAACUAAGAGGAGCAGAUUCUAAGGCCAACAAUCCGAGGGGGAGUUUGUUGGUGCAACCCUAUGGCUUGCACUCGGCUUGUCGUCCUUGUUUGUGUGUGUGCAUGCAUGGAAUGAAUUGUGAGUCUAUGU